CGCUUCGCAAAAGCGACUAAAAAUUCUAUUACAGUUGCAAACUAUGAGCUUCGUACCCAACGUAGUGAGUCAGUAGGGUUCAUCUAUUGGGACAAUAAUGGAAACACAGGCAGUGCUACUUGCUUUUUCUUCAAUAAUGGUUACAUUUUCACCUGUCAACAUGUUGUACACAUGAUGGUGGGAGAAGACACAGAUCCAAGUUUGUGGCCAGAUAUAAUAAGCAAAUGUGCAAAGGUAACUUUCACUUAUAAAGAACCCUACACUUCUCCUGAAGAAUGGUUUCACAUUGAGCCAUGGUUUGAAGUGUCUGAUAAAGGUCUGGAUUAUGCCAUUUUAAAACUAAGAGCAAAUGGAAAUGGAUUCCCUCCAGGCCUAUUUAAACACAUUUCCUCUUUGCCAUCAGGUGGUUCCGUUUAUUUAAUUGGUCACCCAGAAAAACGGGUAAAGGAAAUAGAUGAGUGUGCUGUGAUUACUCUACUGGAUCGUAUAAAGAGGAACUUCGACCAUGUUCGAAAUUCAGGAUACCAUGCUUUCUCUAUCUUUACCCCAAGAAGUUUCCCACCUGUGGCUUGGCGCGGAGAUGCACUUAGUUAUGAUACUUGUUUUUCAAGUGGGUCCUCUGGCUCCCCAGUGUUCAAUGCAGCCCACCAAGUUGUUGCUAUACACUCCACAGGGUGGUUUUAUAAGCAUGAAGGUAGGGAGUAUGCCUUAAUUGAAUAUGCCUAUUCCAUGGAAGGUAUUAUUCAUGAUAUUAAACAGAAAAAUGAGGCCUUUCAUAAACUGUUAACCGAAGAGAAAAAUGAGAACCUUGAUCAAGAGAAAAAUAAUAAACAAGAGUCUUCACUCCAACAUCAUCAGAUGGAACCCAUGAACCAUUAGAAGAAAAUAUCCCAAGAAUUUAGAGUAUGUGGGACUGCUUUCUUAAAGUAUAAUAACUGGGUUUUCUUGAUUAAAAAACAUUUAGAGAAUUGUAUGCAUGUGCAAAACACAUAGUAGACUUGAAAUAAAUACUGACGUUCUUUCUCAUUGGCUUAACAAAAUGGAAACAAUCU